CCGUUACCUUUCUGUAUACCAGCCCUGAGGCUGCUAUGAGUGGCUCAUCGCUGCUGUUUAUGGCUGGAACAAACCCUGUGGAAGAGCAGAGGGCUCGCUGGGAGAGAAAGCGCAGCCGGACAGCCAAGGAGCUGCUGGAAACAGAACACAAAUACCUUGAGCAGCUGGAUUUGGUGGUCACAUUCUUUGUGACAAUUCUGAAGGCCAAAGGGACGCUGAAACCUGCUGUGUUGGAAACCAUAUUUGGACCCCUGGAAUCCAUAUAUUCAGCCAGCCAUGUUCUGUCCCUUCACCUAGAGAAAGGGAAUUUGGGAAUAGGACUGGAAAAUUUCUCUCGAAAUCUGGAGCUUUAUGGCAACUAUGCUGAGAAUUUGGAGCAGGCAAAUAAAACCUUGAAGGAGCAAUUGAGGAAAAAUAAGUCAUUUCGGCGAUUUAAGAAGCUCCAGGAGACACGACCUCAGUUUCAGGGAAGGAAGCUAGAGGAUCUGCUUCCUUUGCCCCUGCAGAGGUUGCACCAGUACAAGCAUUUCCUCAGAGAUCUGCUGGAGAACACCAGCCCAGACAGUGCUGAGUACCAGAAACUCGCAAAGGCUGUGAAAUCUGUUUCUGACGUAUCUCAGUGGGUCCAGGACAUCAUUCGUAAGAGAGAGAACUUGCUGCAGCUACUUCGGGUUCAGAAACUGCUCAAAGGACAGAAGACCCAGGUGUUGUCUCCAGAGCGCUGGUAUAUCCGGGAAGGCUGGCUUUUGGUGGUGCCUUCAAAGGGAGAAGAACUGAAGCGGAGAAUGUUCUUCCUUUUUUCUGAUAUCUUUAUAUCAGCAAAGCCCUGCCAUCCACUCCACCCGCUGAACUCCAACAAACUGGCAUGCCGGGCUGUCUACCCACUUCACCAGUGCGUGGUGGAUAAAGUGUUCGGCCACACGCAGAGCCAGGGAGGGCUCCUCAGUCUUUCCUUUCCACACAAGACAUUGUUGUUGAUGUCCAGUGACCAGCAAGAUAUUAAUGACUGGUAUCAGUGUCUCGCAGCUGCAGUCAGGUAG